UACAAAGAUGCUAUUCAAGUACACCUUACAAAGAUGUUCCCUGUAGUGAGAGUCUUUCAUUGCAGGGAACAUAGUUUAUUUUGAGUCACACAUACACCGUCUUGCUGCCAUAAAUACUCUAGAAUUCCAAAUGCAUUCAUUCACCUGAAAAUAGAAAAUAGUCCCCAACAAAUGCAAAAUUAACUCCUGUUUGAGUAAUAUUUGCUAAAAUCUACACUGUCUAGUUCGAUUUAAGGGAAUUACCUUGGGGAUGGGUGGAACAGAUAGCGGAUGAAAAUCAGAUGGUAUCAGGAUAUGAACCAACUAAUUGGAUUUUCUGCAGGAGCAGAAAUCUUGCCAGCCUUAACCCAGCCUUAAUAUUCUUAAUGAUGAUGACGAUGAAGUCAUCACACAACAAUGACAUGGUGUGUUACACUCAUCAUCAAAUAAGAAAUGUGAGUUAGCACACCAGAAAUAAAUGUGACAAGUCUAAAAGAUGAGGUCAAUAUUAGGUCAUUCUUUAAGUUACGAUAAGAUAAUCCUUUAUUAGUCCCAUAACUGGGAAAUUACAGUAUUACAGCAGCAAACAGGAUAUAGAGGGUGCAAAGCAUGCAUGGAUAAGGGAAAGAUGUGCAUUCAAAAAGAAUAACUACACAUAAAUAAUGUGUCAACUUCUCCUGCACAUAAAUAAUGUGUCAACUUCUCCUAUUUUGCAAUACUGUGCACAUUAUUUUGUUACAAAAGCAGCACAGACAAUACAGACACCUUGUGCAAGUAGUGACCACACAGACACUGGACCUUCAACAUUACAGGUUGUCUGGAGAAAGUGUCUCAUAAUGCAAAUUCAGGAGCUGCAGUUUGUAAAGUACUGGGGAAAGAGGAACCUCUUGUUUAUUCUGUCAAGCAACUACAAUUUGUAAGGAUGGAGGAAGAAGUCAGUUAUUCUACAGUAACUUUUAAAAAUGGUCAGCCUCCAAAAGGACUAGAAGACUUUAAAGAAGAAACUCAUGAGACUAAAGACGGGCUGACUGUUUAUGCUGAAGUAAAACCUAAAGCGCCUGCUUCUGCAUCACAUGGUGAAGCAGCUGCUAAGCAUUCACACUCCCACUGGUGGGUUGUGUGUUUGGGGAUACUCAGCUUCUUCCUGGUGGUGAGCAUCGGCCUCGCCGUCCACUUCGAUAUGUUAUUGACCAGAAAGAGAGGAAAAGUCAACGAAGUCAUAGACGAAAAUCAGCAGUUGUACUUAAUUAACCGCAGAUUACAGACAGAGAUGAAGAAGCUGAACAAUGUUAUAGACAAUCUCAACUGGACGCUGAAUUUCAUCCUGGAAUAUGACACCUUUCCAGUGAAUGAAUUCUGCCCAGAAAAGAAGUGUCAGCCAUGCAGGAAAGACUGGAUUAUGUUCCAGGAAAAGUGCUACCUGUUUUACGAUAAAGAACCUCGUUGGAAACAAUGGGAAGAGAGCCGAAAGUUCUGUCAAAGCAGAUCUGCAGAUCUGGUUGUUGUUGAUACUCUACAAGAACAGGAAUUCCUCAGCAAUCACACCGAGUUCUACUAUGAUAAAUUACAUGGAUUCUGGAUGGGGUUGACUCAAACCACAAACAAAAGUUGGGUCUGGAUUGACGGACACGACGACACUCUAAGCUACUGGAUAAUGGAGGACCUUGGUACUGUUGGUCCACGUGGAUUGAUGAUUCCUGGGAGGAAGCCUACAGCCAGCUGGGACCCAGCAGCAUUGGAUAUGGAGAACAAAUUCAUCUGCGAGACUGAGGUUCUGAUAAGGUCUGAUUAGUCCUGUUUGUUUUUCGAAAUGUAUCCUUGCUGUUCAUGUUGCAUGCAAAGCUAAACUUCCAAAACUGUAUCACCAAUUUGGGAAAAUUAGAUAAUUCCAACUUUUCGUAUUGUUGUUUCAAGAGUUCUACAGUGUGUGAUCAUGUCUUUUGUUUACAUUUUUGUGCCAGUUUUUUGCUAAUAUCCAGUUGGGCUGAAUAAGUGAAAAGAAAUCAUGACAAAAUGGGGAAUAUCUUCUUCAGUUUUUACUCUUACAUUGUAAGUUUUAGCCAUGAAAUCCUUUAAGCAAGUGGACUUAUGCAACAUCUGAGUUCUGCUCCUGCGGCUGAGUUGCGUCACGUUGUGGACUGAAGAGAAACAUUUCUGUUAUUGCACAAUGACAAACGUGUCCAAAUGUGUUCUGUACUAAAACAGUUCCUGACACGCAAGGAUUUUGAGCUCCUCGACUUUUUUUUAUUUUCAUAUACAUUUUUGUCUGUUUUAUAAUGCUGAAUACUGUGCAUCAUCAUUUGUUCUGUCGACUCUUGCUUAACAGUUUCCUUCUCCUUCCUGCGUCAUUCCUUUAUUAUUAUUUUUAUGGCUUAUUUGUUUUAUUCAUUUGCCAUUGUUUUGUUUAUUUAUUAUUGUUUUCCCCUCUCUUUAUAAAAUCCAUAUUCUGCACCUCUGGCGCUGUACAUCCUCACUGUGCUCCAGCUGCUGAGGUUGAAGCGUAGUCUGUGUUGGCAGUCACAUUAAAAACCAUCACGCAACAUGUACUGUGAUGAGGUAAUUCCACAUCCAGGAAGACGCACAAACGGCGCAGGUGCGUCAAACAUGUUGUAAGCUAUUGAGGCAAAUGGUCACAAUCUUCUUGAUUUCUAAGUUAUUUGUGAAAAAAAAGGAUAGAGUUCAGAAAAAUAUCUAAGGUUUUCUGAUAUAUUUUAAAUAUAGAGUGACAACACAGAACAUUUUCUGGCAUUUUCUGGGCGUAAGUGAGUUGGAUUCUGAAGGGAUGAAGCACCAAAAGGGCAGAGAUAUGAAUAGCAGCUUGACAUUUGAACAUGUUGACACGGUUUUAUUAGGAAUAUUUUUCUUGGCGUUUUGACUGGUGUGACGCGUCAGGAGGCUGUAGAUGUACUCUAGAUGUUUGACAGUGUGACCUUUUUUAAAUACGAUUUAUUCAAAGGAAAUUUCACCAUCAUUCAGAAACGUUCAUCAAGUCUGAGGAGGGGGAAAAAAUACUUUUUUUUUUUUUUUUUUUUUAAAUAAUCACAGAUUUUAUUUACUUUUGGCCACUUUGAUCAUCUUUUAUGGGGACAAUAAGAAAUCUAAAAUGUGACAGAAUCACACAAGUGCAGUUUGAAAUUUAAUUUAAUAAAGUUCAUAAUUUCAUGCAAGUUUCAUUCAUCUUAUGUGCACCUUCACGACUUCUCUCCUUUCAAUAAAAUGACACAGUUGUUAAAGUACACUGAAUUCUUGAUAUUUUGCUUUAAUUUCCUACUAAAAAUACAUAUUUGCAUUAAGUCAACAAAGGCAAACUUAAAUGGCACCAGCUCUAAUUAUGCAACAUGUCCAAACCUACAAAUGUCAACACUGACUCAAGUUUUGGUCUCAGUUUGAAAAAGUUUGGUUUAAGUUGCACCACGUGGAUUAACAGAAAGCAUCGACUCAUGAAAGGAGGGGUUCUCAAAGUGCUGCCCGCGGGCCAACGGAAUCGCUCCGAGACAACGUGAGCAGCCCCAGAAUGUGACUGUAUGCAUUUCAUUUUAAUACUUUCAGUUCAGAUACCCUGCAUGUAUUAUACGACUCAGCUACUGUGUCACACUGCACCCAACCAACAAGCGCCUGUUCGCAUGGCAACAAGUGACACCUGGAGAACAUCAACAUUCUGUCAUCACCGCUUGUGCUGUUAGCUACAGUUUGGACAACAGUGGACAACCUGGCAGGUAAUGUGGAAUUAAGCAGAAAAAGCCAAGCCCUAAAUCAUGUGAUGGCUCCCUAAAUUGAACCUGAGUCAACAAAACUUUAUAGCGUCAUCUUACAAAGCAUGCAACAUGCAACUCUUGGAGGCCAUUUUGUUAAUAAUCUGACUAAAAAUAUUCGCCCAUGAAUGCAACACAUCUAAAUUGAUUUAUGGGCCUGUUAAAUGAGGGUACAGCCUCCACGAAGUCCCCGUGUGGCACAUAAUCACCUGAGCUGAUUCAAGGAAAUGCCAAAAAAAAACCAGAUACUACUCUUUGGAUGUUUUCUUUUUCUUCUUCUUUGGAGGAAGUGCC